AUGGCGAUCAUCGGGAGCGGCGCAACAGCCAUCACCCUGCUCCCCAAUCUUGCAGACAAGGCAGCUCAUGUUACGAUUCUCCAACGCAGCCCCAGCUACAUUAUCUCAAUCCACAACCGCGGCAAGGCAGCAUGGAUUGAAAAGUACUUCCCGACUUGGAUGGCCUAUCGACUCAAUCGUUUCAAAUUCCUCCUGACGGGGUUCCUCUUCUACAACUAUUGUCGAAAAUUUCCUUCCGCGGCUAAACGCAAGCUCCGGUCGGCCACGGAGAAGCUGUUGCCAGAGUCUGUGCCCUUAAGCCCGCACUUCGAGCCCAGGUACAACCCAUGGGAGCAGCGGCUGUGUCUGUGUCCAGAUGGCGACUUUUUCCGGUGCCUGCGUGAAAACAAGGCCAGUGUCGCGACAGGAAAAAUCAGCGCCGUCAAAGAGGACGGCAUCCUCCUCGAAUCCGGUGAGAUGCUCGAAGCAGAUACCAUCGUCACUGCUGACCUUGCUCGGCCGCCUUCCGGAAUUCUAUCUGUACUUUGCGUGACCAUCAUACAGGUACCUUAUACAUUGAGGAAUUGCCUCGCAUUGAAUAUAUGA